AUGGAAUGUGAUGGAACGUUCCUUGAUGAUAAUCAAAGGACGCAACGAGUACAAUUGCGAAUGUCACUUUGGCAUGAUGUUUUACCAGGUUUUAACAGUUAUUUUCAAGGACAGAUACGCAUCACUCUCGAUGAUGAUAUUGUUGGAAAGGAAUCUGUUGGUCCUCAAUG